AUGAUUAAUUCCAAUCUCCUCGCUCUCACCACUUUCUUCUUCGCAGCAGCGGCCGAUUCUUCUGAUGCAAGUUGCAAACCAAGCAUGUGCGGCAACGUUAGCAUCAGCUAUCCAUUUUGGAAUCUCGAAUCUCCCGCUGUGGCCGGCGCCGGUGCUUUCCAUUGCGGCUAUCCAGGUUUUGGAGUUGAUUGUUCUUCCGAUAACAGAGUACUCUGGAAUCUAUCGAGAGCAAGCUACUACGUUGAAAAUAUCAAUUACACCGAUUACUCCUUCAGAUUCAUAGAUGCAGAUCUCAACCAAACAUGCCCUAGGGCUCGUCAUAACAUCUCAAUUGAAAACCUGCCUUUGGAAUUCACGAGGCAAAAUCUGAAUGUGACUUUUUACUUUAAUUGUAGCGGUCUGAUGAACCAAUCUGAUGAUAUAGAGUGUAUGAGAUUCAAUGAUAAGAAGUCAUUCGUAUUUGUGAAAGGGUCGCAACCACAUGAUAUGGAAUGCGAUGAGGUGGUGGAGGUGGCGGUGGUGGACAGAGAUUUUGGAAUUGCGGAGUCCAUGAACCGAGGAUUCGGUCUAAACUGGAUGCAUACGGCGGAUUGUAACUUGUGCAAAGAAUCAGACGGGCAGUGUGGGCUGAAUAAGCUCAGCAACGGAACACAGAGUUUCUCGUGUCUUUGCCAAAACAACUCAACAAAUCCUCAUAGUUGCCUAAGAAGAGGAAUGAGAAACAGUUUUCAGAGGCUGCUUCUAGGAAUUCUUGGUGGUAUUGCCCCUGGCUUACUACUUCUUCUUUGCUUUUGUUAUUGUUGGAGGAAGAUGAGAUGGGGUGGUAUAUCUAAUAGUACUAGAGACGAUGAACAAAUAGAGUUGUUCAUCAGGAACCAUGAAACUAUGUUCCCAACAAGAUAUAGCUAUUCCGACAUUAAACGAAUAACAAAUUCCUUCCGCGAAAAAUUAGGUAAAGGAGGAUAUGGAACAGUUUACAAAGUUUACAAAGGACAACUUCUUGGCAAUGAUAAUUCUCUCGUGGCAGUAAAGAUUCUUAACGAAACAAAAGAGAGUGGAGAAGAUUUUGUCAACGAAGUCUCAAGCAUUAGUAGAACAUCGCAUGUUAACAUAGUCAACCUCUUGGGAUUUUGUCUCGAUAGAGGGAAAAGAGCUUUGAUUUACGAGUACAUGCCUAAUGGUUCAUUGGAUAAAUUUAUUCACAAUGAUUUUGUGUUGUUGGACAAGUGGGAAAGGUUGCGACAAAUUGCAACGGGAAUAGCUCGAGGACUUGAGUAUCUACACUUAGGUUGCAACACGAGGAUACUACAUUUCGACAUAAAACCACAAAAUAUUCUUUUAGACGAGAAUCUUAAUCCUAAGAUUUCAGAUUUCGGGCUUGCCAAGAUGUGCUCAAAUCAUGAAAGUAUAGUGUCAAUGUUGGGGGCAAGAGGAACCAUUGGCUAUAUUGCUCCAGAAAUAGUUAGUAGAUCGAUAGGACCCGUGUCUUAUAAAUCCGAUGUGUAUAGCUAUGGAAUGCUAGUUUUGGAAAUGGUUGGAGUGCUCAAGAACACCAAUAAUGAGAAAAUUAUGGACGAAAGUAGUGAAAUAUACUUUCCACAUUGGGUUCACAAGCAUCUCGAGGAAGACAAUAUUGUAAGAUUACUUCAAAGGGACGACGUGACAAUAGAAGAAAGUAACAUUGCAAAAAAGAUUAUACUAGUUGGCUUAUGGUGUACACAAACCGAGCCAUCUAGAAGGCCUCAUAUGAGUAAAGUCGUUGAAAUGUUGGAAGGUCGUUUGGAAACGGUGCAGUUUCCACCGAACCCUAAUGUUCUUUCGUCGACAUCUCUUGUCAAUUCUCCUCCAAACAACUCGCUCAUGUAUGAAAUGUUGGAGUCUUUUAUGAUAGCACAUUUUUCUAGUACCACUUAGUAAAACAUACAUAAUGAUAACUAAUAUAUGUGAGUUUUAGUACUAUUCUUGUCAAAAUGUUAUGAAUAGAUAGAUUAUGUUAAAAUCACUCCGUAUUGAAAAAUAAAUUAAAUUAUUUUGAUAGUGGGGAAUUCAUUUUGUUUCUCGAGU